AUGAAGACACAUCUUCUUGUUGUUCCCAGUAAGGAGACUGAAGAAUUAAACUGGAUCAAACCAUUGAAUAACUAUCUUCUUUCUCUCUAUGGUAAUACUAGCAAUUAUCAAACUGAAUUAUCCAACUUCAAUAAAUUACGUCAAGAUAUUCGUGGAGUGAAUGCCGAUAAUACAGGCUUACGUUUAUAUUAUACUUACUAUAGUCAAGUUGAGUUAUUGGAUUUGAGAAUUCCUUGGAGCAAGAUUCGUAAAGUUGAAUUUGAAUGGUUUGAAGCAUUUGGUACUGGUCCUAGUCAUAAACAAAAGUCAUUAGCAUUUGAAAAAGCAAGUAUUUUGUUUAAUAUUGCAUCAUUAUUGAGUAAAUUUGCCAAAUCUAAAUAUGAUGAAUCUUCACAAGAUGAUAAAGCUGAACAAGGAACCAAAAUGACAAUUCAAUUAUUUCAAACUGUUUCACUUUGA